AUGUCUUCCGACGACUCUUUCAUUCACGCCUGCGCAGGCGGAGCAGGUGGCGUGAUUGCCAUGACUGCUACCUACCCCCUCAUGUCCAUCAGCAUGAGAGCUGCUGUGCAAAGCAGCAAGCAUCCCGAGGAGGUGCGUGAGGCUGAGCCGGGCGUCGAAGAUGGAGAUGGACGAGUAGGCAGGCAGACGUUAGGAAGGGCCGCCGUCGCAAAGGGCGGUCAGCUUGCCACAAGUAUCGCGACGAUUGCGAGGCAGGACGGGGCGCCGCGUGUAUCGUGCUGGAGCAUGAGCAGCUGAUAAAUCAUUCGCUCUGUCCUUUCGCCGACGUAGUCGAUGGUCACUGCAGCUGCGAAAAUCAUCCAAAAGUGAGACAUUGGCACUGCUGCUGCUGCAGUCGAUCAAAGUACAGGCUGACAGCAAGCUUCUCGUGCUGCAGGGAGGGCAUCACUGGACUGUAUUCCGGCUUGAACUCUUCCCUGAUUGGUGUCGGAGUGUCAAACUUCAUCUACUAGUGAGCAUAGAGAGUCGAACACCAACGCGACCGAGGUGCCUCUGCUCAUUUGAAAAUCUACGACCACCAAUAGCUUCUUCUUCGAGAAGACGCGUGAUGCUAUUUUGGUAUCCAAGCAGCGAGUGGUCGCUGCGAACACAUCGAAUCCAGCAGCUGCCAUUGCUGCUGGAGGCGCGCUCUCCACCCUCGAAAGCAUGCUCGCUGGUUUCAUUGCUGGUGAGGGGACUGUUCUGGUAGUCACAAGGCAAGUGUUCGUUCUCAUGCUUUGCACGCUCUCUCGCAGGCUCCGCUACAACCAUCGCGACGAACCCUAUCUGGGUGAUCAACACACGUCAGACCGUGCGGACGGACUCGGAAGAGGCCAAGAAAGCUCCUGGUCACGUUGUGCAAAAGCAGAAUGGACAAGCGCCGGUGAAGAAGAUGGGCUUUAUUCAGACAGCCAACCACGUCCUCAAGACUGACGGCCUCGCGGCUUUCUGGAGAGGUCUGGGACCAGCUCUGGUGCUCGUCAUCAAUCCAAUCUUGCAGGUGAGACAUUUCGCACCACCUCAGCUGCAAAGUGACGCCUAGCUGAUUGGGCGCUUGACGGUCUCUGAAUGCAGUACACUGCUUUUGAGCAGCUGAAGAAUUGGCUCGUCAAGUCCAGACUUGCGCGUCUUCCCGAGGCACAGCGUGGACUCGGCGUAACCCUUUCAGACUUGGACUUUUUCCUUCUCGGUGCCCUGUCCAAGCUCUUUGCGACAGGACUGACGUAUCCACAAAUCGUCAUCAAGAGCAGGCAACAGAGCGGAGGCAAAGGCUCUUCAAACGUCUGGACUGCCAUGACGGAGAUUGUCCAGAGAGAAGGUAUUGCUGGACUCUAUAGGGGUAUCGCUUCCAAGCUGCUCCAGAGCGUCGCUACUGCCGGUAUCCUCUUCGCUUCGAAGGAGCAGGUCUUCAGAAGCGUCAAGCUUUUAUUGGCUGCGGAUGCCAAGAAGUGA